AAGAAAUUAGUUAGUUAGUCAUCUAAUUGAGAUAAUUUUGAGAACAUUUGGGGCAUGGCAAUUGGAAUUAAAAUUUGUUCUCUUCUUUCUGAUCUUCUUGUAGUACUACUGGUGGUAGCUGUGACCUUGGAGAGAGGCGCAUGCUCCUCGUUCAAUCGAAGCAGCUUCCCGGAUGGGUUCAUCUUCGGAACCUCCUCUUCAUCCUACCAGUCGGAAGGUGCUGCAAUGGAAGGUGGUAAAGGGCCAAGCAUUUGGGACACCUUUACUCACGCGCACUCAGAUGGAAGCCUAAGCGAGGGAAUCAACAAGGAGGUUGUCGAGUUCUACAACAACCUCAUCAAUGAGCUCAUUUCCAAUGGUUUGCAACCAUUGGUGACAAUAUUCCACUGGGACCUGCCCCAAGCCCUAGAAGACAAAUAUGGAGGUUUCUUAAGCAACCGCAUCAUAGAAGAUUAUGUGGAUUAUGCCGAGGUUUGUUUCAAGGAGUUUGGCGAUCGGGUAAAACACUGGAUCACAUUCAACGAGCCGUGGUCGUUUUGCUCCUUCGGCUAUGCGUCGGGCACGUCGGCGCCGGGACGGUGCUCCCCGUGGGCCGGAAAUUGUACCGCCGGAGAUUCGGGGAGGGAGCCUUACACAGUGUGCCAUAACCAGCUACUCGCUCACGCCUCGGCCGUCAAGGUGUACAAAAAUAAGUAUCAGGGAACCCAGAAGGGCAAAAUCGGUAUUACACUGGUCUCGCACUGGUUCAUUCCCUACUCGGAUUCAAAACCCGACCAGGACGCGGCCCAAAGGAGCCUGGAUUUUAUGUACGGAUGGUUUAUGGAUCCGCUGACACGAGGAGAUUACCCGUUUAGCAUGAAAGCAAUAGUCGGAAAUCGUCUGCCGAAAUUCACCGAGCAGCAAUCCGAAUUGAUCAAAGGGUCGUACGAUUUCAUUGGACUAAACUACUACACCACGAAUUAUGCGUAUAGUGUUCCACCAUCGAAUGGUCUUCAUACAAGCUAUACCACUGAUUCUCAGGCUAAUACGACAGGGGUUCGCAAUGGGAUCCCAUUGGGUCCGCAGGCAGCUUCAGCUUGGCUCUAUAUUUAUCCGCCGGGAAUUCGGGAUCUUUUGCUGUACACAAAGACCAGAUACGACAACCCAGUCAUCUACAUUACAGAGAACGGUGUUGAUGAGUUUAACAUCCCGAGUCUGCCACUCAAACUUGCAUUGAAGGAUGACAUAAGAGUGUCAUUCCACCAGAAGCAUAUCCUAAACAUUUAUAAAGCUAUAAGGGAAGGGGUAAAUUUGAAAGGAUAUUUUGUAUGGUCAUUCAUGGAUGAUUUUGAGUGGGGAGGUGGCUACAUCUAUCGAUUUGGGCUCGUAUUUGUGGACUACAAUGAUGGACUGAAGAGAUGCCGUAAAAAAUCAGCCCGUUGGUUUCAUCGAUUCCUCAAUAAAUAAUUAAGAAGCAUCCCAAUUAAGUGUGAAAUUAUAUGUACGUGGUUAUUAUUACUAUUUCUUUUGUUUUGUUUUUUCGUGUGAAUAAGAAAUUUGUAAGUGAAACAAAUGCAAAGUAACGAGGUGCGGAAUAAAGUAGUAUGUAUUUA